CUAGUUGACAGACAACGACAAGCGCGCCCCAAGUUUCAAAUACAGAAUUUGGAACAUGACGACGAAUCAACCGCUUCUCUCUUUUGAAGCUCUUAUAACAUGAUGGUAACACAAUAGCAGACCACCGUAGCCGUUCAGGCGAGCAGGCGACGUGGAACGACUUCCUGCGCUGUGUUGCAAAUCUGGGGCCCUGAGAGGCGCAUUUAAGAAUGUCUCUCGCUCCAGAAUGGCAGCACCCAUUCGUGAACAUCUUCAAGCUGUGCGAUGUGGACACAAUGCGGGAGUUCGAAACGAAGGGCGACGUCACCGAACACAUCGACAAAAUCAUCGGCAAGAAGGUGUUCAAAAUCAGGGGCAUGAUUCCGGCGGGUAACUACCUGCGUGUGCCGCGCACCAAGCUGCAGACGCUGGGGCUUACCGGGCGCCUGCUGUACAUCCAGCUCAAGGUGACGCCGAUCAAGGUGUUUGCCAUCCACAUCGAGGUCGUGACGGAGGACCACAACAUCCACCGCAUCUCCAUCUCCAACAUGUACAACCCGGAGUCGAUGAAGCGCAAGUCCAACGGCGUGCAGCUGCCCUUUCCCAAGCCCAGCCACCGCUGGUGUGUGCUGGCUGUGGACCUGCGGGAGGCGCUGCGCGGCUACACCAGCUCGCCCUUCGCCUCUGUGAAGGCGGUGCAGACAUGCUCUUGGAUGACGGUGCGGACCAUGUUCGCGUCCGACUACAAGUUCAGCCUGCAGAGCCUGCCGGGUGAUAUGGCGCUGUCCCACGCGCUGGACUCGAGCCUGUUCGAGAUGGUGUGGCUGCCGGCUGAGCCGCAGGACGCCCCCACAAUGGACUUCAUGCCACCGCCCAAGCGCUAUGGCACCCGCGCGCGGCGACCGGGGACCGCGGAAACAGCGGACACGGCGGGGGCCGCCGGGCGGAAGAGCCUCAGCGGUGCCAGUGCCGGCGGAGCCGGGCCCGCCAAGGGCGGUGCCAAGGCGGGCGCGGCGGCGGGUGGCAAGCGGGCCGUGAGCAGCGCGGGGGCGACGCGCGGCACGCCCAGCCAGCGGGGCAGCACCGCGGGGGCCGCCACUCCCGGCAGCGGAGCCGGUGGCGGCGGACAUGACGGGGAGGAGGACUUCGAAGACGACCUCAGUGAGGACCUCGACAACGGCGCGCCACUGCCGCCAUCGCCGGCAGUGCCGCCGCCGCUGUCCCCCAGCGUCGCCGCGCGUAUAGCGGGGCGCGCCACCUCCGCAAACAUCGGUGCCGCCACCGCCGCCGGCGCCAUUGUCGGCGCCGCAGCCGCGCACCCCCGCCCCGGCGAAUCCGACGCCUCCGCGCGGCCCUUCCCGCGGCCCACCACGGCCCUGCUCGCCGGCGCCGCCACCACGGCCUCCCUGCGGCCACCCAUCGCCUCCGCCAACGUGGCGAAGCCGGAGCCGGGGCAGCCAGCCGCGCAGCCGCUGCUGCCCGACCCAGCGCUGACGCUGACACGCGUGAACGCCUACAGCGGCGAGUUCGUGCGGUGCCUUGCAUGGCUGCCCGGCACCGAUGAGGUGGUCUUCGCUGCGGCUAGUGUGGUGGUGAUCAUGGGCGUGGCGGACCCCGGCGCGGCGGCGCAGCAGCAGGCGGCGGUGACGCCGGGGCGGCAGCGCUACUGCCUGGGCCACACCGCGUUCGUGUGCGCCCUGGCUGUGGCCAGUGACGGGCGCCUGCUGGCCAGCUGCCAGGAGGGCAAGGAGGCCAUCGUGCGGCUGUGGGACACCGCCAACUGCGCCUGCCUGGCCAUCUUGAACGCCCACGCCAGCGGCCUGAGCUGUGUGGACCUGAGCCCGGACCUGCGCGCGCUGGCGGCCGUGGGGCUGGACGUCCAGGGCCGUCAGACCAUUGCGCUGUGGAACAUAGCCGAGCUGAGGGCGGCGGGCGGGCCCAAGGUGGAGCUGGUGACGCGGCAUGCCACCGAGUACAACAUCAAGGUGCUGAAGUUCAGCGCCUACCAGGAGGACCACCUGCUGACCGCGGGCCGCGACUCCAUCCGCAUCUACCGCCUCAAAGCCGGGCAGCUGCGAGGCACCUCCGUACGGCUGGUGCCGCAGGACAAGCGGGUGACCAGCUUUGCUGGCGGCGUGUCUGCGGCGGUGGGCCCAAACAUCUUCACCGACAUCGGCUUUGAGGCGGGCGUGGGCGUGUACGGCGUGGACGCGUUCAAGGUGUACGUGUCCUCCGCCUCGGGUGCGCUGUUCGUGGUGGACUACACCACCCGCCAGCUGGACGCCAUUUUCCAACUGCACGCCGCCGCCAUCAACUGCCUGGUGGUGUCGGACGGGCUGGUGCUCACGGGCGGUGACGACAGGCUGCUGCGGGCCUGGCCCCUGGACUUCAGGGACUACCUGCUGGAGGCCGAGCACGAGGGCGCGGUGACGGGUCUGGCCAUGUCGACUGACGCGCUACGGCUGGCGGUGGGCACCGAGAACGGCACGCUGGGCGUGCUGGCCAUCCCCACACACGCCUACACCACAUUGCUGCGGUCGCACUGCGGCGCAGUCAACGCCGUGGCAGUGGACCCCAACAGGGACCAGUACUGCACGGUGUCCUCGGACGGCACGCUGCGCAUCUGGCACCUGGCCACGCACCAGCAGCUGUACGAGUUUGACGCCCCCGGCGAGGCCGUGAGCGCCAUCGCCUAUCACCCCCACCCCUCGCACCACGAGCUGGCGGCGGGCUUCGCCAACGGCCGCCUGCGCGUGUUCGACGUGCCCUCAACCACACUGCUGCAGGAGCACCACCAGCAUCGGGCCGGCAUUACAGAGCUGCUGUUCAGCCCGGGGGGAGACCGGCUGUUCAGCGGGGGGGCGGACGGGGCCCUGGUGGUGUACGACACCGCGCGCAUGUACGCGCCGGCGCAGUACCUGUCGGCGGGCGUGCGCGACAUCAAGGUGUGCUGCGCGGUGUCCUCCAACGGCGCCUUCUUCGCCAGCCUGGUGCGCGACCCCUACCGCCGCACCACCAGCCUGCUGGUGUUCCACGGCAGGACCCUGGACCCCUUCAUGCGCAUCGAGACGGACGCGGCAGCCUACGUCAAGCUUGCCUUCUCCGCCGACUGCAACGAGCUGUGGGCGCUGACUUCGGGCCGCCGGCUGGACCGCUACGAGCUCAAGGACGGACAGCUGGUGCAGCAGAUCCACGAGGUGUCCCCCCUGGAGCUGACAGCUCUGUGCCUGGACCCCGCCGGCCGCUACGCCGCCACCGCCGGCGCCGACGGCCUGCUGCGGCUGUGGGGCUGCGUGCCGCUGCCGGCACUGCGCGGCCUCAAGGGCCUGCCGCCCAACUCGGCCUUCCUGGGGCACCCUAGCGCCAUCCUGGGCGCCGCCUUCCACCGCAGUGGCUACCUGGUCACUGUGGGCGACGCCGACUGCGUGUGCGUGUGGCGCGUCAACGCCGACCACAUGCAGCAAGAGCGGGGACACCUCGCCGCAGCAGCACACGCACUGCGCGGCGCCGCCGCAGGCGGCGGCGCCGCAGGCGCCUCGCCGCUGCUCCUUCAGGGCGCGGCGCACCACACGCAGGCGACAGGGGCGCUGGACCCGACUGACCCGCGCAGCCGCGCCCACCCCAGCACAGCCCUGGGCCCGGUGGCCUCGGCACGUGACCACCAGCUCACCACCCGCGCCGCCGCACUGGGCACACCCCUGCCUGCCGGCGUCCUGGGACUGGUGCCCGCGCCCUCCGCCUUCACGGGGACCUACACGCAGGGAAUGGCGGCGCCGUCGCUGGGCUCGACUGUAGCAUCACCCACGCGCGUCACCGCUGCUACAGCCAACAGCAUGGCCGCGCUCUCACUCGUCGCCAACUCGCCCGCAGUCGCCGCCACGGCGCCGGGGCUUCCAUCCCACGCGCUUGUGGUGCCAAAGCCCUCGCCGCCGCCGCCCUCGGCCGCGCCCGCCUCCCCCGGCCGCUCUCCAAAUCGGGCGCUGGCGGGAGCCGGCCCGGCACGCAGCCGGCUGCCCGUGCCGCUGCCGCCCUCGCCCCAGCCGCUGCCGCCGCCCCCGCCGCCGCGCUGUAGCUGGCUGCUGGGCUACAGCCCAACUGGCAGUAGCAACGUGGCUUGGAACGCCACCACGGGUCUGUUCUGCUACGUGGUGGAAGACAUGGUGGUGAUGGAGAAGCUGGCCACGCGGCAGCAGCGCUACCUGCGAGGCCACAACCGGCCGCUGUCGUGUUUGGCGGCCUCGCCGGAUGGGGCCCUGGUGGCGGCGGGCCCGGCGGCGGCGGAGCCUGCGUUCACGGAGCCGGCGGCGGGGGCGCGGGCGGCGCAGCUGCAGCAGCAGGGCGUGGCGGUGGGGCCGGGCGGGGCCAGCCCCACGGCGCCCUUUGCGGAUGUGGUGGUGUGGGAGGCGGCCAGCGGGCGGGAGCUGUGGCGGCUGAGGUACCACCCGCUGGGAGUGCAGGCGCUGGCGUUCUCGCCCGACGGGCGCUGGCUGGUGUCUCUGGGCCGCGACCCCGAGCGCGGCGUGGUGGUGUGGGACGUGGCGGCGGGGCUGCUGGUGGCGGCGGGCCGCACCGAGCAGUCGCCGCGGGCCGCCGCCUGGCUGUGGGGCGGACACAACCCCGCAUUCGCCACCGCGGGAGCGGACGGACUGCUGCUGUGGACGCUGCAGGACAACUUUCUGGAGCAGCGCACGGUGCCGCUGAGCCCCACCGCCUCCCCGCGCGACCCGCGGCCCGUCACCGCGCUGGCAGUGGACCCGCACGGCGCCCUGCUGGCGGCCGAGGCGCCCGCAGCCCCCGGCAGCCAGGUGCCGGUGUGGCAGGUGCAGGUGGAGCUGCAGCCGCCACAGGAGCCGGGCGGCGAGGCGGCUGUAGCGCCGGGGGGUGGCGGCGGCAUGUCGGCGGCGGUGGUGCAGGUGGCGGCGCUGCCGAGCGGUUGUGUGGUGACGGCCAUGGCGGCGGGACUGGACUUCGCGCUACUGGCCACAGACGGCGGCAGCGUGGUGCGGUACAGGCGCUCCACUCUGAGCGGCACGUGGCUGGAGUCCAGUGCAGUGCGGCUGGAUGGGCGGGUGGCGGCGCUGUCCGCGGAGCCCAACAUGUGCGACGCGGUGGCGGCCACAGACACAGCCACCAUCUGGUUUGUCGGCAUGCAGGACGCCAGCUGUGUGCCCAUCGUGUGCGGCCAGGCGGCCCCGGUGACGGGCCUGGUGCCGGCGCCGCACAGCGGCCGCGUCAUGGCCUCCACAGCGGCAGACGGGCUGCUGCGCGUGUGGCGCCUGGGGCCGGAGGACGCCGAGCCCGCGCUGGAGCUGCACUCCACCUCGCCCGCCACUGCCGCCGCCUUCCUGCUGCGCCAGCCCACCGACGCCCCCGCGCACACCCUGCGCCACCCGCCCUCCGCCGCCCCCUCCUCCGCCGCCUCCUCCUCGCCCCUCGACCCGCUCGACCCACUGCCUGCCGCCGACGCCGCCCCCGCGCGGCCCGUGCUGCUGCCUGCCCCGCACCUGCUGGGCGGCUACGGCGACGGCUCGCUGCGGCUGUUCGCGCUGGAGCCAGCGGUGCAGCUCAGCUGGGCGCUGGCACGGCACCCCGCGCCGGUGGUGGGCGUGGCGCCACACCCGCGCCGAGGGCUCGUGCUCAGCGCGAGCAGCGACGGCAGCCUGGCUGUGACGGACCUGUCCUCCACCCGCCUGGUGUCCUACAUCACGGCCUUCACAGCCGCCGGGCCCACGCCGCACAGCCCCGGCGGCACCGGCAGGCGCUCGCCGCGCGGCGCCGCCUCGCCGCCGCCCGCGCCGCCGCGACCCGGCACUGGGCCGCUGCAGGCCAUGGCUGUGAGCUCCGGCCCCGGCGCCCCGCUGGCGGCUCUGGCCUGGCGCGACCGGCUGGUGGUGUUCGCGGCGCCGUGGGACGACCCCGCCUGCAGCCCACUGGCCGAGUACGACGUGACGCCGUCCGACGGUCGCACCGACGCCGCCGACAGCCACGGCCUGCUGUCGCCCGACGUGCCCGCCUGCCUGGCCUUCGUGAACAGCAGUAGCGGCAGUAGCAGCAGCGGCACCUCCGCCGCCAGCCCCGGCCUCAGCGCCCACCUGGGCGGCAGUAGCAGCGGCGCCCCCUCCUCCAAGCUGCUGGCCUACGCCAGCCCGCUACUGCCGGGCACCGUGCUGCUGUACGACGUGCGACUGGCGGCUGUAGCACGUCGCGUGCGGCUGCCGCAGAUGGUGCGCUCGCUGGCUGUAGCACCCGACGGCGGGGCCAUGGUGGUGGGCUGCAUGGGCCGCAGCGUGUUCCUGGUGCACCUGGCCAGCGGGAAUACGGAGGAGCUGGGGGGACACGCGGGGGCCGUGGCGGCUGCGUCGUACACGGGUGAUGGCGGGCACGCGGUGACGGCCAGCGGUAGCGUGCUGAUGGUGUGGGACGCAGCGCAGCUGCUCAAGGGCGUGACGCCGCCGCCGCCGCGCAUGCUGCGAGAGUUUUAGCGGCCAGGGCCGUGAGGAACUUGCGCGAAGAAGAUGGAGUAGGACCAGGUUUAAAGGCUGGAUUGAAGGUCCAGGUGGCGAUUGGGAAAGGGGCCGAGCGAGUGCGUCGCUGGCGAAGGUCUUAUGCACUGUACCUGUUGGCGAGCUUGGCUGCAUUAAAGCCAGUCACCCCUAUUAAGCCAGUACGGUAGAUGCGCUGUCCCGUGUAGCAUCACUACGCGGUUACGGUAGUGUUGGGCGGAGUUGGGUUUGUGCCACUGCAUGACCGGCAUGAUGACCGGACAAAUGAUGCCAUGUGCAUACCGUACGAUAUGUGAGUACGGGACCUGCUGUCUGCAUCGCUGCCCUGCAGCCGGCCUCCCUGAGCUCGCACGCUGCUGGCUGAGAGGCUGUUUGUACCCCACCCAAUCAGCGUCAAGGGCUUCAGGGCUUCAGGCCCCCAGCAUC